AUGAGAGAAAUUGUUACCUUGCAAUUUGGGCACUUUUCCAAUUUCAUCGGCACGCACUAUUGGAACAUUCAACAAACCAUGUUGAAUGAAUUCCAACCUCUAUUGAAUAAUCCUAUGGUGCCUAAUUUUCGUCCAGAAAUUGAGUCUUCUGUCUUGUAUCGAGAAUCGAGAGGAGUUGGAGUUUCUAUUCAUUCCGAGAAUGAGCCUUCUACCUUCUAUCCGAGGCUUCUUGUGUUUGAUCUGAAGGGAUCCAGAGGUUCUCUCCGAAAACAAGGAUACAAGGAAGAGCCAUACCGAUCCAUUACACCGGAAUUUGUUGAUCAUCAGAAGGAGCUUACAAGAUGGGAAAAAUUAGAAGUGUUGCGAACAUUUGAAAAUAAGAGACAAACAAAAUUUACAAAGAAUGUUCUUGCAGCUGAUGAGCAUACUAGAGAGUUGAUUGUGGACAACGAAAAUGAACAGAUGGACGAAAACGAAUAUGAUCACACUCCCCAGCAAACUUCCUCUCAUUCCGCUGAAAAACAAAUUGAACCACAAGCCAAGAAAUCUAAAAAGGAAUACUCACGAUUAGACAUUGAACAAGAUUUGGAGGAAAGUGUUGCAUUGUGGAGUGACUUUUUGCAAGUUGAUUUUCAUUCAAAAACAAUUUGUGAGCCCAUACAAUUCCAAUUUGCAGAGGACAGCUACAGUGCUCUCAAUGUUUCCAAUGCAAUGAAUCCGUUUGCUAUGGAUAGUCCUUUUGAUAUAUAUACAACAGGCAAAGAAGUGUUGCAUGGAGAGUUUAGUAAUGAUCAAUACGAUGAUUUCACAUCUCAGCUUUUAUAUUUUGUUGAGGAGUGUGACACUUUGGAUGGCUUUCAAUUAUUUACGGAUUCUUUCAAUGCAUGGGGAAUGACCUGCAGCGAUUUCACUCAGCUUAUCAAGGAUGAAAUUGGUUCUAAGGUACCACUCAUCUCGUAUGCAGCGUCGCCAUACAUUCCAGAUUUUGCAUCUGACCAGGAUCGGAUGAAGUUUAUCCUGAAUACAUGUCUCACCUAUGCAGACAUGUAUCAAAACACAAACUUAUUCAUUCCAAACAGUUGCCAGCAGCUUCCUGACGCUUUAAUGAGCGAAUAUUUGAAACAUAACUUUAAUCCAAAGAAAUUGUACCAUUCAGCCUCAAUUCUUGCUUCUGCAUUUGAUUCGGUUUCAUUGGCCUAUCGCCUUAAUGGUACUGCAAAUAACAAGCAAACAGAUCUUUAUUCAUUUAUUCAGGAAAUGUCACCAUUGAACGCUCUACGUGUUGCCAACAUUAAUAUCGCAUUUCCAUACCGAUUCAAAACUGGAACAUCACUUUUCCAACAUUUCCGAAGUGCUAGGCCUAUUCAUCAAAAUGAACAUUUUGUUCCACUUCUUUCUCAGAUUGCUACUGGUUUCCAUGCUUGCGAUCCACUUGCUCAAUCACUCCUCAUUCGUGGAUUGACACCUGUCAACGUACCACUCUAUCAUCAAAGUGAUUUACAGGAACUGAACGAAAUUCGAAUGAAACGAUUUGGAGGAGAAGAAUUGGAAAAGCACAAACACUUAAUUGGAUGUAAUUCUCAUUUUGACAUGAUUGAUGGCUACAUGAAUCAAACACGCUGUUUCUCAAAGCAUGCUUUCCAUGUCAACCAACCUUUCAAGCUUCCAUUUACCUUCCCUCAAUAUCUUAAUAACUCUGUACUUACAAGAGACGGGCUCAUUAGAUCACACGCACCCACAGAAGACAUUGCUGAGCGAGUUGAGACAUGUCCUUUAGGUACUCAUCUUUCCAAUAGUAGAAACUUUAGCAAACAUAUCCAUCAAUUGGUGAAAUAUUUCGACACGAUUAGUGGCAGAUCUUCUUCGCUUUCUGUGGGAGGUUCAGGACUCUCUGCCUCCUAUCACUACAAUCUCUCUCCAGAUGAAUUGAAAGAAUACAAGGAAAUUCUUGGGAGAAUGCUGGAUAACUAUGAAGACGAAGAAGCAGAUGAAGAUUUCGAAGAUGAAGUCGAAGGCGAACUUGAACACGAAGAAGAAGAUUAA